UGCGAGGCGGCCCUAGGGCCUGGAAGACCGGCGCGGAUGGAGCGGCUGCGGGUGCAGGCGGAGGGCGCGGCGGCGGUGGACGAGUACGUGGAGUACCGGAGAAUUGUAGGUGAUGACGACGGAGGGAAACUCUUUACCCCAGAGCAAUAUGAAGAAUACAAAAGAAAAAUGUUACCAAUACGAUUACAGAACAGAUUGUAUGUGAGCUGGAGAUCCUCAACUGGGAUGGACUGUAAACUUGUGGGCCCGGAGACACAGUGUUUUUGUACCCAUAGGUAUAAACAACACAAAACAGAUUAUGAAGAGAUUCCAGAAGAUCGUCCUAUUUGUGUACCCUGUCGAGUGAGCUGUUGCCAGUGCAAAUCCUAUCACUAUGUCCCUCUAAAUGGCACUCAGCCCAUUCGUUGUAGAUGCAAGCACUUUGCUGAUCAGCACAGUGCAGCACCUGGAUUUUCCUGUAACUCUUGUUCCAAAUGUUCAGGAUUUCACAGCUGCUUUACCUGUGGGUGUGGUCAGCCAACAUAUGCACAUGAAACGGUUGUGGAAACCAAACAAGAGCGCUUAGCCCAGGGAAAACCUGUGGGACAGGAUGUUCCGUAUGCUGCAAUGGGAGGAUUAACUGGCUUUAGUUCACUGGCCGAAGGCUAUAUGAGACUUGAUGACAGUGGAGUAGGGGCACCCUCUGCUGAAUUUCUAGAGUCACCUAGUAGUAGCAUGGACCAUCCAUUUCUAAAAGCAUUCCAAGGCCCCUCCAGUUCUGCACAAGCCAGCUCACAAUUAACAGGUGGUUCUAAUGCAGCAAAGCAAGUUUCUAAUUUAAGGAGUUCUGAAGAAGAUGACAUGGCUUACUUUGAAAAACAGUACCAGGAACGGCAUUCUAACUCAUGGGAUGAGGCAUUCUGCAUGUGCUUCUCCCUGAGUGGAUGGGGUAAUCAACAAAGCUUUUGUUCUACAAUGGCCCACAACUUUGAUAGCCCUCCUGGAUGAGCUGGGGGAGCCACUCUUCCCAUGUGAGUUCACAAGUUCAGAGCAGUCAUUUUUAAAGUUAUAAAACAAACUUAUAUUUUACCUUGUAGCAUGGUAUAUAGACAUUACAAUUGUAAUGUUAAUGCAUGAAGCAACUUAGUCAUUUUAUAGCAUCUAAACACAUCCUUACAAGUCUAACACCUAUCUAGAACAAUAUUAGCAUGCAGGUGAGCUGGUCUGGUUUCCAGCUAUGAAUUUCUCAGUACUCAGCUGACAUCUACAGACUCUGCAAGAGCUGGCACUUGGUUUAUCAGCAUCACAGCCUCAUUCAGAGAAGGAAUCUUCCUUUCCUCCUUCAAACACAGAAUAGUCUGACCAACAUUGAAGAAACUCAUGCUGGCCAACCCAGUACUAGCCAACUAUCACAUAGUGUCAAUCGUCCUGUUCCUGAGCAAACUCAGAGAAACUAGCAAAGGGGACAACUACAAAUCCAUCUAACAGAAGCUAACACUCUAGACCUGGCACAGUCUGGAUUCAGGCCAGAACACAACUGAAACUGGAUUAGUAGCACUGAUGGAUGAUCAUCUGCUGUCAGUGAUAGAAGACAGACAUCACUUCUCAUCCAUUGCAGCGUUCAACACUGUUGACUGUGAGGUACUGCUGUCUCACCUGAGAG